AUCACUCAACAAAUUCAGCAUUAAGAGAGUUCCAUACUUGCAAAGGAAUCAAACUACAACAAUCCGGCAUCACAAUAUGGAUAACAGACUCCCAGAAGUUGCCAUGUGCAUUCCAACCAUAUCAACCAGGGGACUACUUUUGUCUAUACCUCAUCAGCCCCAUUACCCUCUUCUUACUUCUUCAAAAAUCAAUGGUGCAGAAAGAGAGAGUUCUGCAGUCUCCAAAAAAUAUGCGGGCUUUGGACCCAAGCUAAUAGAAAUAAUUAAACACAAGUUGACUUAUGGUUCCAAGAUCCUGCCACUUGGCCGCGGAGGAAAAAUCUUUGAAAAGAGUUUCAGUGUCAGGGAUGGUGAGAGGUUGUUGCAUGCUUCCCGAUGCUAUAUAUACACUACAGCUGGUGCGAUCUCAGGCAUACUCUUCAUCUCUACUGAAAGGGUUGGUUUUUGCAGUGAUAGGUCCCUCAAAACAUAUUCUACGGCAGGGAAACUGUUAAAGUUCCAAUAUAAGGUAUCUGUUCCAUUGAAAAAGAUAGAUGGAGUAGGAGAGAGCACGGACUUGAAGAGGCGAUCUAACAAGUAUAUGGAGUUAGUAACGGUGGAUGACUUCAACUUUUGGUUUUUGGGCUUUCCAAAUUACAAGAAAACAGUAGAAUGCCUUCGCCAGACAAUCAGUCAUGACUGCUUAAGUGAUUAGUCUAGAACUAUGGAGUUCUCAAGUUUGGCUUCCAGUUUUUCAACCUAUACAGUAGCUGGCCUCAGGUGUCAUUUGACGGCAUAUGAAGGCGUUAGAUUGAGCGAUCUAGGAAAUUUUUUGUAUAGCAAAUCAGGUUCAUGUAUGUAUUUCUUUAAAGUCCGUGAGUCUUAUGGACAGUGGGGGAUAGUUGGUAGAUUUGUACAUACACAAGACAUUUUUCUUCAUAGCUAUAGUUGAAUCACUGAAUUUCAUUGAA